AUGGAGGUUUUUAUGCGCAACCUUCCAAUCGAUUUGACUGAAGAUGGGUUAUAUACCCAGCUCGAGCCGUUUAUGAAGCGACUCCACAUAGUUGACUUUCUCUGCGAGAAACCCAAGAAAAAGAGCAUUGGGAAUGUGACUUUCCUGAAUAGGCGGGAUGGCGAAAGAUUUCUGGAAAUACAUGGACAACGCAGUGCUCAGACUCCCUUUCGACCUUAUGCACCUGCUCCCGCAAAGUCCAAUUUAAGGCUGACCGGAAACGAUAUUUUCUGUACACUGAGUAAGCGUCAACCGCAAGAAUUUACCAUCAAAACACUUGCGCAUGCUGUGCAGGAGAGAGCGAAUUCUCAGUAUACAAUUGAGGAAGAAAGCUCAGCAGUCUUGUUUUCUUUGUCAAGUUUUAGCUGCGGGUACUACACGUUCAUCAACGGGCAACUUGGAUACGUCCCAGAAGUUGAAUGGAACAACCGUGGGACGGUGAAGUUUACAAAGAGAAAUGUCGUCGUCAAUGUGGACAGCGGCCAGUUGGUUAGAAUCCCGCUCAACAGUAUUGUAGAGCUUGUUUGGUUCAGUAAUGGGUUGCUGACACUGACGUUGUCCACUGUGCCGCUUUUCUUCGAAGCAACUAAUGGCAUCCAUACCCUUCUCUCCGCUGUGUUGAGCCUCGCCCUCGAUCAAGGCGAUGUGAAUGGCAAUCGACCUCGGGAAUCAACUCGCACCCGAAUCUGUUCCCUAGGCAAGGAGCACGCCGAGCUCGCUGGGCAAUGCCUCGUUUACCAAUUUAAUGUGUCCCCUUCAGCUUUGGGGCAGAAAAUCGAGGAACUCAAGCAGCGCGAAAUUGUCGUAACACAGUACGAUGUUACUGUUCCACGAGCCUUGUUAUUCAACACAGCAGGGUUCACGCAUCAAAUGAGAUCCCUGAAAGUGGAACUUGCGAAGUAUACUACAGACCGAUCUGUUCCAUUUGAGUUGUUAUUCCAUAUACAGGCCUUGGCCUACAAUGCCUACCUUCUUCCAUCCACAGCUCUGGAACUGGCCAGGAAACUGCGACAAGAAAUUAAAGUGAGAAGGAGCAAGUGGCUGUCAGCUGUGUCUCCUGACGCAAUGAAGAAACUAUUUGACACGAUCGACUGGCCUUCGCCAUACGGAGACCCGGCGGAGUUCGAAGUAGGCUAUCUCCUUCAGGCGAUCAAACAAAAUGAAGAAGAAGUUAAGCAGGGGCUAUUCCAUGGAGACCGUGUUUUUAGCCCAAAUCAGAAUCUCGCUCGAAUUUUUCGGGUGACAGUGACCCCAUCACGCAUUACCUUGCAUGGCCCAGAGAUGGAGCCCAACAACCGCAUUCUAAGGAAGUUUCCCAACCAUCACGAAUACUUUAUUCGGGUGCAAUUCUGUGAUGAAAAUGGGCAGGAUCUUCAUUUUAGUCCUCAGGUCGACAAUGCCAAUGCCUUCGCUCGGUACAAACACGUCUUGAAGCGCGGGAUCGAAAUAGCGGGACGAACUUACUCAUUCUUGGGCUUCUCGCACUCUUCCCUCAGGGCUUAUUCAGUCUGGUUCUCUGCUCCGUUUUUUGACGACAGUGGUGACUUGCAGACAUGUUUCACAAUCAUUAAAGCUCUCGGUAAUUUCUCCAAAAUAACAUCACCCGCCCGAUGCGCUGCAAGAAUUGGUCAGGCAUUCUCUGAAACCCCUUUCGAUGUUGACAUCAAGAAGAACAAGAUGGUAGUUUGUCACAUACCAGAUGUCAAGUCGCCAGAUGGUGCGCGUAUUUUCAGCGAUGGCGUCGGGGCCGUUUCUCUAAACGUCGUCGAAACCAUCUGGGACAACCUUCCACGUUCGAAGGGUUUCCCGACAUGUUUUCAGAUUCGUUUGGGGGGCGCCAAAGGGAUGCUCGCUGUCGACAGUCGACUUGAUGGCUCGAUUAUUGCACUUCGCCCGUCAAUGGUCAAAUUUGCCAGCGAGGAUCUACAAACACUGGAAAUAUGCGAUGUUGGAUCACAGCCAAUCCCUUUGGUUCUCAACCGUCAAAUGAUUAAGAUCAUGGAGGACAUGGGUGUCUCGAAGGAUUGGUUUUUCAAAUUACAGAACAUUCAAGUGUCCCUGCUCCGAGGAGUCACCACGAGCAUCCAGAGCACGGAGAAAUAUUUGAAAGGACAGAAUAUUAGCAAGUCACUACGCCUCCAUAAACUCUUUCGACAAUUUGGUGCUUCUGGUAUUGACUACACAAAUGACCGAUUUCUUCGUUCCGUUGUGGAGGCUCUUGUUUUUCGCGAGCUUCGCUUGCUCAAGCACAAGGCUCGAAUUCCAGUCGAAAAGGGUGUCACACUUUUUGGCAUCAUGGAUGAGACGGGUUUCCUACAAGAGAAGGAAGUUUUUGUCACGUAUGAAACGACCAAGGCCCAGUUUACACCUCCUCCUGGGCCGGGUCCACUUGUUGUCACUCGAUCGCCCGCUCUAUUCGAUGGUGACAUUCAAAUUGCUCACAAUAUCAUUCCGCCUCGCGAUCAUCCCUUGGCGCAACAUCGGAAUUGCAUUGUUUUCAGUCAAAAAGGCUCGCGAGACUUGCCAAGUCAAUUGAGUGGUGGCGACCUCGAUGGCGAUAUCUUUAACAUCAUUUGGGAUCCCGAAGCUUCUCCAGCCGUGACAUAUCCGCCAGCUGACUACCCUCGCGUGUCGCCAGUUGAUAUUGGUCGCGUUGUCACCAAAGAUGAUAUGGCAGACUUCUUUAUUAACUUCAUGGAGACUGACCGUCUAGGAGUGAUUGCCACCAGACAUUUGAUCAUGGCGGACCAGUUGACGGAGGGAUCUUGUCACCCAGAAUGCAAGCGGUUGGCACAGCUGCAUUCAAUGGCUGUUGAUUUCUCCAAGACAGGGAUCCCAGUGAAGAUGGAAGACCUCCCGAAGAUGACAUCCCGAUAUCGUCCGGAUUUUUUGGCUCCAGGGCCGCAGGUCCACAUUUACGAUAAAUCCGAUAUUCAUCUUGACACUCAUAUUCUCCAAGCCAAUCAAAAUGAGGACGAGGGGCUAGGCCCAGCUUAUAAAUACUACAAAUCGGAAAAGAUCCUUGGGAAAUUAUACAGAGCCAUAGACGAGCGACAAAUAUGGUCUGAGGAUGUGAAGCUGAGCAGUAAAAAUCCGUUCUGGGGUGAAUUCAUGGAAGCUAUGAUUCAGAAAUGUUCUGCCUUUGGUCCAAUACAUUGGAUCUAUCGUAUCGACGAAGCACGACUCAUACGAAAAGCAUAUGAGAAUGCCAUUCUUUCCGCGAUGAAUGACUUUUCAGAACAUCCAAUCUAUCCCAUCAGUGAGCUCGAGGUCUUCAUCGGCCACAUCCUCAACAAAUCUGGCGUACAGACUCACCGACAACGAGCGCGAUCCAUCAAACUGUCGGAUGAAUUUGAUCGAAUCGUAACAUGGGUCAUGAGCCAAAUGCGUCCUUACGGCAACCAGCCAAUUCCAUUGACCGGCUAUGAGACUGAACAUGACGCGUUGGCAUUAUGUCUCGCCUGUCUUUAUAUUGCGGGUGAAAAGGACGAGUCAGCAAGGAUACGACGCCGCAAAGAUUGGUAUGGAGGACUGCAAAGUUUCCGGGUUGUUUCUGCUUGUGCGUUGCUCGCAGAGCUCGAGUUAUUUGAAAAGAAUUAA